UCUUGUGGCCGUUAAGCCCACGGAUUCGCCGGCCGGCCGCCGCCGCCGCGAAAUGCGUCCCUUCCUUCACGCCUCCCUCCUCCCGCCACCUCCAGCCCCCGCCCGCGGCCCACUCCUCCUCUCCAGUUGCCUCCGUAGCACCAGCAGCAGCAGCUACCCCCUCCUCCACCACCACCGACCCUCCCGGCCGUGGCUGCACCACGCGCUCUUCCUCGCCGCGCUCGCGCUCGCGCUCUCGCUCUCGCUUUCUGCUCCUUCCCGUUCUGCGGAAGAGCCUCGGAAUCCGAAAGCUCUGUACCCCUGCGAGGACGUCGGGAGCUACUACGCGGGCGUAGACGGCCUCGCCGGCGACGAGCUGUUGGCGAAGCUCCGCGCCGUCGUUUCCCCUCACGUCGCUCUACGCUAUAAAGAUGUGUGGGAUGCGCUCAAGAUUCUUGAUGCAGCUGAUGCACAGCACCCUGAGGCGUCCUCUGACGUGAUUGAGAUAUACUCGCAGAGAGCUGUGCCGAAGAUCUUAGCAGGCAAGCCAGACGGAUGGAACAGAGAACACCUCUGGCCUCGAUCAUAUGGCUUAACAAAUGGGCCUUCGCUGACUGAUCUGCACAAUAUUCGCCCUGCAGAUGUUAAUGUAAACUCAUCAAGGGGAAACAAGUAUUAUGGACAAUGUGCUGCCACAGCAAUAAAAUGUGUCAGACCUGCAAACCGUGAAGCUGCACCUGACACAGAGACAGAUAAUGAAAGAUGGGUACCUCCUUCAAAGGUGCGUGGAGAUGUAUCUAGGUCCCUGAUGUACAUGGCAGCAAGUUAUGGAUCUGACCAGAAAGAUGGAGCUCCACAUUUGGAACUUUCUGAUUCACCAAGUAUACAAGGCAGGAAAAUGGGUCUCCUUUCAGAUCUUCUAAGGUGGCACGAACUUGAUCCACCAUCAAAGUCAGAGCAACUUAGGAACAAUCGGGUUUGCAGCCUGUACCAGCAUAAUCGAAACCCUUUCGUUGACCAUCCAGAAUAUGCAGAUCUUAUAUGGGGUAACUCCCUUGGUGACAGUUCAAGUUUGGUCAGAACAUUACCGAAGGCCUGGGUAAAUGAGUUCCACUAUGAAAACAAAGGCAAAGAUGAGAAUGAGUUUGUUGAGCUGGUGGUACACACGUCCUUAGAUGCAAAAGAUCUUAUGCUCGUCCUGUAUAAUGGAGCAAACGGACGAAUGUACAACUCUCUGAAUCUAGAUGAUAAGGAUGGCCAUAGCAUUGCCGAAAGCAGUCUCGGUUCUAGUUAUUUGAUCUACACGAUAUUCAUCACUCUUCAAAAUGGACCGGCUGAUGGCAUAGCUCUUGUCUGUAAAAACGGAAACGGAAACGAAGUCUUGGAUUUUCUCUCCUACGAAGGCAGCAUGGAAGCACUGGAUGGACCAGCCAAGGGCAUGGUCUCUGUAGACAUAGGGAUCAAGGAGACAGAUGAGUCAUCUCAGAAUGACUCGUUGGGACUUACUGGGAACAAGAUUGGCGACUUUGCAUGGAGAAGGAUAGAAGGCUAUGCAACCCCUGGGAAGUUGAAUGCUAGGCAGAUGUUUUAGAGCCAUUUUACUUUGGUGCAAAUUCAUGUCUAUUGGUGUUGAUUAUUUGUGGCCUUUAUAUACUCCCUCCAUCCUUCUUGUCCUAAAUCGGACUUUUAAGACAAGAUUACAUCAAAAUUUUAAAAUUCUGACUAUCAAUGAUUUC